CAGAUGGCAAAAGCCAGCCCGAAAGCAAAUCAUACCUGUGAGUUACGUUCACUGGAGGUGCUUGUGACCCUGAGAGCUUCUUAUCUCUAACCAAACAGUGCCGUAGAAGCUAUAGCAAUUUCAAAAUGAAGUCUUCGGUUAGGCUCAGAUAUUGGUUCCGCAAAUUUAAACGCAAGUUCCUCUUGGACAUGAGGUUCUGUUUUUGUGUCUCUUUCCUCCUGGGUGCCCUUUUAGCUGUGAUAUUGCACAUAUACCAAACCCAUUCGGCCAAAUCAACAAUUCAGGAUAAUCCAAGUUCGACUCUCCCCUAUGAGUACGGAUACGAGAAGUGGUUGUGGUCCGUUUAUCAAGGUUUAUCGGUCCCAUUUGAUCCAGAUGUGAUACGUUAUAACAAGUCCCACCUGGACGAGUACUCACUCAACCCGCAGACUGAAGCUUAUUUCCUGUACAACCGCGUUCCAAUCACGUGCAUCGUGUUCCCUGAAACUCACCAAGGGGCUGAUACUGUCCUAAAAACCUGGGGAAGGCAUUGCAAUAAAGCACUUUUCUUCAGUCACAAGAUAGAAAACGACACCAUUCCAAUCAAGAAGGUCGAAGCCAAGUCUUCCUUCGAAUUGGUCUGUUUGGCUCUUCAGGAGGUCAAAGGAGAUCCGUGGAUAUUUACCGCUCAAGAGAGAACGUUCGUCUUGGUCGAAAAUCUGCGUUAUUUUGUGGCCUCGAGAAACUCUAGUGAUCCUCAUUACCUUGGGCAUGCUAUGAAGUUCUGGGGGGAGAUGUACAAUUGGGAUAAUGCCGGAUAUGCCUUAUCCAGAGGGGCUGUGGAUCGCUUCUUACAAGAAUUUAACACUACCAAGAGAUGCAGAGAGGGGGGAAAGUUUUGGAAGAACGGAGAUUGGUACUUGGGGAAACAUCUUCGACGACUCGGAAUACAGCCAGAGGACACUAGAGACCAUUUAGGACGCGGGAGAUUCAACGGAUUCUCCUUCAGAAAGUUACUCUUCCCAGGAGGCGUGUCACUCUUUGAGAGAUAUUGGAAAGACUCACUCUAUUUGUCUCAAGAUGGACCCCACUGUUGCUCCAAUUAUGCCAUCACUUUCAACGGUAUAUUGUCCAAUUCUAAAAUGUACCAAUUGGAAUAUCUUUUCCAUCACUUACGACCAUUUUACGGCGGGGGCGAGUAUGGUAAUGUUUCUCCCCCUCAAAAGGGACCCAAGGAAAUAUUCUUAACUUGGGAGGAGAGGCUCAAAGACGAGGCAUUGGAGCUAUUGAUGGAACAUGCUCAGGAUCUGCUAACCACGCCAUCUGGAAUGAAUGAUGUGAGACCUCCGGACUUCUAUUAAAGUCAGGAAAGGUGGAUGGCGUGAUUGUGUUAGUGCCUUGCAAUCUGUGGAUUCCUAAUUUCAGCAUUACGUCAAAACUUUAACUUCUCUUCUUUCGACAAACCAAUGUGAUAAAUGUGAAAACAAUGAUAAUCUCAGAACAACAUUCAUAUUGUAUUCAUCAUCAAACGGUCGAUUUACUGUCAAAGUUAAGAUAGCCUAAUCUACUUCAUGACACUU